UGCAACGGCAACUCUUCCACAUACUAACAAUACAGCGUCAAUCAAUCCUAAACAACAUAACAGUAAUCCACAAGUUACACACGCACAUAGGGAAAUGCCAGCCAAGAAAGUAAUACAACCCAAAAAUGUUGAUCCAGAUUUGGAAAGCUGUAUGCGGAAGACAAAUAUGAAUGAACCUACUAUAUCUCUUGACAAUGAAGAUUUCAGAACUUAUCAACGCUUUGUCAUACGCUCUUUCACUAUGCUGAAAGCCAAAAUCAAUAAUGUUAUUGAUGUUGUGGAGGUGAUGAGUAAGAAGCUAGAUGGUAUAAAAUGUACUGAUAAUAUUCCGGAUGCGAAUCAAGAAGCUGAUAACCCCGAACUUGAAGUCAUGAAUCUUUUCCCAAUUUGCCAUGUAAAAAUGUUGCAAAGAGUAGAAAAAGAAUUAACGAACAAUGCGAUGAAACAAAAAUUGAUGACAGCAUUACUAAAAAUCGGUGGAAGUGAUUACAAAAACAUUACCACUAGAUUGAUGGAACGGCUUUUCAGCAAUUAUGUAGCUGAGAAAUUUAGCUGGUUCGGGUCAAAAGGAAAAAGAAUUUUUUCAACACUUCAUUUGUGUCGUGUUAUUCUAGAUGUUGUCGGGAAAGCAUCGACCACAAAUUUGGUCACAGAAGAUAUGAUUGCGAAAGUCAUUAAAGAUUGGUUACGGCACGCGAAGGAACGAUUGUCACGAGAGAAACCGCCCCUAUCUUUGCACACAGAUGCAGAAGAAAACUCCGCCAGAGAACCAGAUGCCGAAGUAGAACUUAACGUUCCUGGAGUAGCUGAAGGGACUGAUUAUUCCAACUAAAAUACACGCACAUACCAAAUGACUGCCUAAAUUGGCAUUA